AUGUCUAAUUAUUACUCAAGCCCGGGUGACGAAAGGGACCCGCAAACCAUGUACUCACCAGACACGGGAAAUGCGUCGUAUCCCGUGCCGUCAGCCCUGGGGAACUUGCUCUAUUCAAACAAUGCAUCUUCUGGACCAUAUACGGAAUUCAGUGGCAUUAUCCAGCCUCAGCAAAAUUUCAUGGAGCUGCAUGGCCAUCCUUCAGAACAUUCAUCAUCAAGGGAACCUCCUAACAUGGUCACCUCGCUCACAGAGCAAAGCUCCUUCGCUCCUGUCAAAGAUAUGAGGAAUGAGAUGUUAAUGCAUUUCAUGGAUGGUGCACAGAGUGGUGGUGGUGGUGGUGAUCUCAUCCACAAUGAUGCCCAUAGCAGUGCACAGCUUGAUUUCGGCUUGUUGAACAACCCCAGUUCGGCGAGUGUUCCAUCAGCACCAGGCCAAGGAUUGUCUCUGAGCCUCAACACACAUAUCCUGGCACCUUCAUACCCAUACUGGUCCCCAAAGCCAGACUUGCUGACAACCCAAUCUUACCAGGGUGAUGAAAAUGGAAUGAAGAAUAUGCAGUCGGAGGCCUCACGGGCAAUCAGGAAUUCAAAGUAUCUAAAGGCAGCACAAGAAUUGCUUGAUGAGAUCGUCAGUGUUUGGAAGAGUAUAAAGCAGAACGCGCAGAAAGAGAAGGCUGAAGCAGGAAAAAUGGAUGGCAAAGACGCCGAUGAGGUGUUGAAAAGUGAGGGGGUAUCUUCCAACCCACAGGAGUCUACUGCCAAUGCGGAAGCUGAGAUUUCUGCGGCUGAGAAACAAGAGCUCCAGAAUAAGAUGGCGAAACUAUUGGCCAUGCUGGAUGAGGUUGACCGAAAGUACAAGCAUUAUUUCCAUCAAAUGCAAAUUGUAGUGUCGUCUUUCGAUAUGAUUGCUGGGUCUGGAGCUGCCAAACCUUAUACUGCAGUUGCCCUUCAGACAAUAUCGCGGCACUUCCGAUGUCUGAAGGAUGCUAUCAACGACCAGGUUAAUGUUAUCCGAAAGAAACUGGGAGAGGAGGAUAGUUCAUCGGGCAGAGAGGGCAAGUUAACUCGCCUCCGUUACAUCGAUCAGCAGUUAAGGCAACAACGAGCUUUCCAACAGUAUGGUAUGUUACAGCAAAAUGCCUGGAGGCCACAGAGGGGACUGCCUGAAAACUCAGUUUCAAUUCUUCGUGCUUGGCUGUUUGAACACUUCCUUCACCCGUAUCCAAAAGAUUCAGAAAAGCUAAUGCUAGCGAGGCAAACUGGUUUAACAAGAAGUCAGAUUUCGAACUGGUUCAUCAAUGCCCGUGUUCGCCUGUGGAAACCGAUGAUCGAAGACAUGUAUAAAGAAGAGACCGGGGAGGCAGAGCUCGACUCAAACUCCUCCUCGGACAACUUACCAAGAAGCAAGGACAAAAUGGCGUCUUGUGAAGACAAGGAAGAUCUGAAAUGCUCCAUGAGCCAGGGCCAGGCUUACCAAACCAGCGAAUUCAAAGCCAACAUGGAGAUGGCGGGUCUCACCGGAGCGCCGUCCAGCUUCCACAACGAGGCAAACUCCGACGACGGCUUCAUGAACCUGCUGUUGAAGGACCAAAGACCGGGCGAGGCUGACGGCAGUCUCCUCCACGGCGACGAGAGCGCGCGCUUCAUGGCCUACCAUUUGGCAGAGCUCGGGGGAUAUCAGAACAGCAAUGUGUCGUUGACGCUAGGAUUGCAGCACACCGAGAACAGCCUCUCAGCUCCGAACGCUCACCGGCCAGGAUUCACCGCCGCCGGGGAAGAGGACAUCUACAACACCACCGCGGCUCAUCCCGGCGUGUCCGAACUUAAAAAAUAUGUCAAACUGGUUCUAAAACUUGACAUGAACACGGUGUUAAUCCCAUUUGAAAACAUAAAUUACGCUGAUAUGGCACCGUAUUUGGCUGAUGUGGCAUGGGUCGACUUCUAG